CAACACUGGAAGCUACCUUCACGCGAGCAGUAUGGGAACUGAGAGAAAAUUUGUUUAUUUAUAUUUCAUUGCCAUCACAAGCCAUGGCAUCAAUUCUAUGUCUACGAAGGAAGUACGGACAAGCGGUCUACUCAGCAAGCCGGAGAAGUUCAUCAACGGUGUGAUCGACAUUGUUCAGAGCCACAAAAACAAACCGUACCAGCAAGGAUACGCUCCCAACUAUCAACAGUACCCCGGCUACCAACAAUGGAACUACCAAAACGGGAAUUUGCAGAACCAGGCCAAUUUCCAGAACCAAGCAUUUAGCCUGCAAGGACAAGGGUCGGUCAGUUAUCAGAAUGGAUACAAUCAAAUGAAUAUUCCUCAAGGUCAGACUAUUGUUAUACCAGCCCAGGGCUUCAGUGUACAAAAUCCAAGUCAACAGUAUCAAAUUGUUUACCAAAACGUACCCCAAUCAGGCCAAUUUCAAGGUAAUGGAGUAAGCCAGCAGUCAGGGCAGUAUUCUGGAAGUCAGAUAAGCAAUCAACAAAAUACUGGACAAUACCAAGGCGCAGGAUUCCAAGGAAGCUCAGUUCAAGGAAGUACUGGACAGUAUCAAAGUGGAACUGGACAGUAUCAAAGUGGAACUGGACAAUAUCAAGGUACUGCAGGCCAGUUUCAAGGUGUUUCAGGCCAAUACCAGGGUAAUAAUGGUAUUUACCAUGGAAGUUCCGGGCAGUAUCAAGGUAGUACUGGACAAUAUCAUGGCUCAGAAAAUUUUCAAGGAACUGGCAACUAUCAGGGUGGAACUGAUAAUGGUCAGAUGAACGGACAAGGCUUUCUGGUAGCUGGGGGUCAGGAUGGCAACCAGGGACAGACUUGCGUGUGCCAAUGGACCAAACCACGACCAAAUAUGAUGCUUAGUGAUCCCAUACCUGACAAAAAUGAAAAGAUUGUAGAUGAUACGCCUCAAAUAAGAAAUCUAAUUAGUUUUUAAUAUAAA